GCAACUCAGUGUGCAUUGUACCUCAUUCCUCAUAGUUGGUGUCAUUUCCCUCGGGCAACCCACCAAUGGGAUUUUACCAAACAAUGUGUGCAAUCCAAGUUAUUGACCCGACAACUCAUUGCCCGUGUGAGGGACGAAGAGAGUUGAGUGUUUUGCUCCCACCAGUUGACUCGAAUGCAUAAUAGAACUCACACGGCUCUAUCUACGGCCUCGUCAUGUCACACUCAACCUGGAUCUGUGAAAUCCGAAAACCAGCAGUCCAACAAACUUCAUCACCCGCAACAACAGGUAUUAUCUCAGCCAACCGGUCACAGUGCUGUCCAAUUACGGUCUUUUCGUGCUCGACCCCGAAUGGUGGCUCGAUCUUCAGUGAAUAGUAAGCGUUUGACAGGUAACAACAGUCUAUCCCCCGUCUCGUCUCAGUCGGAUUCACCCAAGUUAAGCCCGUCCACAAUGCCACGACCAAACAAGUACCCUGCACAUCCACGCGGAGGAGGUGGAGGGCAGGUGUUGGGGUUUCGGCCCAGCUCAACAUCUGGAGCAACCGAUCGGUCCUCUUCGGGUGGCCAAUUACAAGGCUACACCUGUUCCAUGUAUCCGGACAAUUUGGGCACAUCCAUGGAUGAUAGUUCACACCUGUUGAACAUUGAUGAUUUGUUGCUCAGGCGAAAUCGAGCCCCGAGUAAAAUAUCGACAAGAGACCGGAACAGUCGGGAUACUCAGUACCGUACUCCACCCUCAACCAUUCCCACCACACCUAUUAUUGCAUACCAGGAAAAUGCGAUCCAAUCCGACAUGGAUUUAGUGAGAUUAAAAGACGACAAGAAAUCUGAAGAUGAGUUGUCUCAAAUGAAACAUUUGGAACCGGUUAGACAUCCACCGGCUCGCGUGGAACUCAUGUUAAUCUUCGUCAAGAUCGGUCAAGUGGACACGGUCAACGAACGCUAUCAGGCCGAUAUAUUCCUACAAGCUCGGUGGAGGGAACCUUUGCUGGACGCCACGUGGAACACAAGUCGUCCACGGAACAACUUUCGGACUUUCAAUAUGGUCGAAAAUCCCGUGAUGGAACUGGCCCCGAAACGUCAUCUUCACACCUUAAAACUACAAGACGAUGAAUUCUGGAAUCCGCGCCUUCUGUUGGACAAUGCCCAGGGCGAACCGAUAGAAAUAGUUAGCCAUGAGGUGGAAUUUGUCGAACCCGAUUUUGAAGCCUAUCUGGUAGAGAAGCGACGAAUCAAAGGAAUAUUCCACGAAACUCUGGAACUGAAGCAUUUCCCUUUCGACUGUCAGGACCUCUCCGUCACAGUUACCUGCGAUCGCACUGUGGAAGAAGUCGAACUGGUCCCGUCACCGACUGAAGUCAGCCAAGUCGAUCGGAGGUGUGCCGCCGACAGUCAAGAAUGGAAAAUUUUUCAUCAUGUAGAUAUUGCGUCCAUGGAAAUCCAAACUGCUUACAGUCCUGGCACCUGCAAGCGACGCCAUCCAGGCCUCGUGUUCACCAGUCGAUCAGCCCGUAGAGCUGGCUACUUUAUGGUCAAUAUGGCUUUGAUCAGUUGUGUCCUGAGCCUUCUCUCCUUCUCCGUAUUCUCCGUCCCCGUGGAUGGAAAUCGUCUUCAAUUGUCCCUCUUGCUCCUGCUCACUACAGUCACUUUCAAAUUUGCAGCCUCCCAAAAUUUACCGAAAAUUUCCUACCUCACUUACCUGGAUAAAAUGGUUCUCGCCAACUUUUUCAUGCUUGUCAUUCUCACCGUGUGGCAUACGAUUGCACGAAGCGUGUUCGCCAAGUACCCCGGUCUGAAAGACAAGGAGCAAUAUGUGGUUUACACGUUGCUCAGUGCUUACUGCCUCGGAGCAGUCGUGUUCGGACUGACAGUUUACCUGGAUGCUGGAUCACGCAGGAGGCUGAUGAAAAGCAAGGAUAUGGACUUCACACAGCAUAAACAACGAAUCGAGCUGGCGAAGCAGCACAAAUCCAUUGUCGCCGUGUCUUUGGACGAGUGGCUUAAUUCCCCCUCAGCGCAGUCCGCGGCCCAUCAGAAUUCCGAACACAUUUCCUGAGCAACAUGCAGAACAAUGAGCAAACAGCCACCAUGAUUGAAAAGGACGUACUGGAACAACACCGUUUCCUCUAAUGUACUCAUGCCGUUUUGUUUCCUGCGUAGCCGGAUAUGCAACAAUCUUGAUUAAAACUUUUGAUGUUGUUUUUCAUGCCCGAAAGCAAAUCUGUUUUGACCGAAAUUGGUGAAUAUCA